GCCCAAGAAGCCCUGCAGUUUAUAGAGAAGAAAGAGUACGAGAACGCAGCAAAUGCGCUGCCGGGCAAGUUCCACAGCGAGAAAAUCAUUUUAAAAUCUCUCAGCAAGAAAAUUCCUGCAAAGGUGGCAUUUAACAGGAUAAGAAGAGAAAAUAAAAUGAUGUAUCUCCACAGCUACCAGAGCAAGCUGUUCAAUGAUGUCCUGGAGCAGAGGCUGAUCAAGGGCUUAAAGAGCGAAGAGUACUGCACAGAAGAAAGCGUAAGCUCAAUCACGGGAAAUGGGGAUAUAACGGAAAAAGUAAAAACAACCACAGAGCCAAAAAUCGAAAAUAUUCUGAUUCCGCUCUACCCCACGCCAGAAGUAAACGAGAAUGCCCCGAGCCAGAAGGCAGGGAUGAAGGGAGGGUUUAGAAAGGCAGUUAUUAUCCCAGAUAACAUGGAAUACUCUGUAGCCAACAAUGUUUUGAGUCUUUCGUUCGAUCUUCCUCCAGGCACAUAUGCUACAAUGCUUGUUAAAGAGAUAGCACAAAAUGAAGUUAAUGAAGUCUCGUGGUAA